GACUUUAGGACACGGGACCCAGAACCAGAUGGUCCGGAGGAGCCGCGCCAGCUCCCGCCGCAGCAGCCGGAGCGGUGAAGCCCCGCGGCGCCGCAGGAGCUGAUCCGGCCCAGGUGGGCAGCGCAGCCGGGGCCGUGCCCAGCGCCAGGGACUGAGGCAGGGUCCGGACCCCCCCACCGCAACGGCGGCAGCUUGAUCCUCUGCCGGGGGGGGCCCCUGCGUCGUUUUCUCCUCCCUGCAUCCCCCUUUGCUUUCAUGCAACGCCUGGUGGCCUGGGACGCAGCAUGCCUCCCCAUCCAGCCGCCCGCCUUUAAAUCCAUGGAAGUGGCUAAUUUCUAUUACGAGGCGGACUGUCUGGCUGCUCUCAACAAGCUGCACCCGCGGGCGGCCGGGGGCCGCUCCAUGACCGAGCUCACCGUAGGGGACCACGAGCGAGCCAUCGACUUCAGCCCCUACCUGGACCCCUUGGCAUCCCAGCCGCCGGCCCAGCCGCCUCCUCCCGCAGCAGCAGCAGGGGGCAACUUUGAGCCUCCCUGCAGCAGCGGCGCCGGCCAAGAUUUCCUUUCCGAUCUCUUCGCCGAGGACUAUAAAGGCAGCGGCGGGAGCAAGAAACCCGACUACACCUACAUCAGCCUCGCCCGGCACAGCCACCCCUGCGCCAGCCAGAGCCACAAGCCGGGGGGGCUGCCGGGCUGCUUCCCGCCCCAGAUCGUGGAAACCAAAGUGGAGCCGGUCUUCGAGACCCUGGACUCUUGCAAAGGGCCCCGUAAGGAAGAAGGGGGAGCCGGGCCGGGACCGGGGGGCAUGUCCUCACCCUACGGCAGCACCGUGCGCUCCUACCUGGGUUAUCAGUCGGUGCCGAGCGGCAGCAGCGGGAACCUGUCCACCUCGUCCUCCUCCAGCCCCCCCGGCACCCCCAACCCCUCCGAGUCCUCCAAGUCCGCCGGCGGCGGCGGGGGCUACUCCGCCCCCCCGGCGGGCAAGAACAAGCCCAAGAAGUGCGUGGACAAGCACAGCGACGAGUACAAGCUCCGCCGGGAGAGGAACAACAUCGCGGUGCGCAAGAGCCGCGACAAAGCGAAAAUGCGCAACCUGGAGACGCAGCACAAAGUCUUGGAACUGACGGCCGAGAACGAGCGGCUGCAGAAGAAGGUGGAGCAGCUCUCCCGGGAGCUGAGCACCCUCAGGAACUUGUUCAAACAGCUGCCCGAGCCCCUGCUCGCCUCCUCGCCUCGCUGCUGACCCCCGGCCGGGCGGAGCCGCCGGUCCCCGCGCUGCUCAGCGCUUCUGUCGGGCCGGGGCGCGGGGGGAGCCCGGGGACGGGUUGGUUGGUUUGGUUUUUACUUUUUGUUGUUGGUUUGGUUUUUUUUUUGGUCUUUAUUUACAUGUUGGCGGAAGGUCCCUCCGCCGCGCGGGGACCCCAGCGGGGCCGGGGCUGCGACCGGGGGCUGUCCCGGGGGCCCCGGGCGGGCUCCGCAGGCUGCUGGGCGCUGGGUUAUUUAAAAGAGCGAGAGGAGAGCAAGGGCGAAGUGAUGCAAUCCUUUAAGCAUGGCUGGGAAUGCUGUGUACAUGAUGCAAUCUCGUGUAACUGUCAGUCAUGAAUUGAGUAAUCUGUUAAAGAUGUUCCUACAGUUUUUUUUUUAUUAUAAAGAAUAAUCUAUUUCUAUAAGAAAAUACAUAUGUAUAUUUUGGGAUCUAUGCAUUCUUGCUACAUUUGAAGCAUUAAUGAACAAUUUUAAUAAACUUUAUGACUAGGUUAAAAAAA